AUGGUCAAAUUUAGUGCUUUUGGUGCUUUUGCACUCAUCAGUCUUGCCAGCCAGGCGCUGGCUCAGCGCACAGUCAAGGUCAUGCCUUUCGGUGCUUCCAUUGUUUCAAAAUGCUGGCGCGCAAACCUCCAAGCAAAGCUCAAGAACGACGGAAUUAGAAAUUUCGACUUUGUCGGCAGUCUAGGCGGAAACUGCGGCGGUAACGGUGUCGAUCAAGACCAUGAAGGUCAUUCUGGUUCCCAGGCCACCGACUACGCAAAGAACGGAAACCUCACUGUCUGGCUCGACAGAAAUCCGCCAGAUGUUGUCAUUAUGCUGCUAGGAACCAACGAUGUCCUCUUGGGCAAGAAGCCGGUGAAAGAUAUCCUCGCUGCUUAUGAUGUACUGUUGGGCCAAAUGCGCGCAAAAAACGCAAGAAUGCAGAUCAUCUUCUCCAACCUGCUACCUCUCGAUCCCGCGCGCUGGCCCAAGGAAGGCGUCGAGGGAAUGAAAGCGCUCAACUCCGCCAUCGCAACGUACGCACCAAAGAAGUCAACCGUCCAGUCCCCAGUCUACUUCGUUGACAAUUAUGCCGACUUCAACGCUGUGACUGAUACCACUGAUGGUGAGCACCCGAACGAUGUAGGCAGCGAGAAGAUGGCAAAGAAGUUCUUCGGGCCGACCAAGAAUGCUAUUCAGGUUGUAGGCCGAUCAAGUAGAAUUUUGAAGAGCAAAAGGACGACGGGGUGGGCUAGGCGAGAGGUAGCAGCCAAAGCAGCCAACGGGGGAGCAUAG